AUGACCAACCCUAGUCUGCUGGAGCUUCUACCGGGAGUUCAGCUCGUAUAUCUAGCCGAAGGCGGUGCGAAUGUCGUCUAUCGCUUCGUGUCGGCGGUGGAAUCUCCCCUCGGAGCUGAAAGAGAUCCCCGGAAGCCUUUACCCUCCGUUGCUCGUGAAGGAACGGAACGGUUCGCGGGAAAACUACUUCGUCUCCACAAAGACACCGCCGCUAAUGUCUCGUACAAAGAGAUUGUGCAGAGCUUCGAUACCCUUGUGCGCCCGCUCUUCGAGCCCGACGAGCUGGUCGACCAGACGCUUAUCCGGCUACCAGAAGGUCUGAUUCACCGAUGCAAUGAGCAGCUUCGUCUUGCCGAAGCAAAUGGUGGCAGGCCCAAGAAACGACAUGGCGGCUACCUGAGUCUGACGGAGCCAUUUGGACUCCUUGUCAUGGAUAUGACCACGUUUGACGAACCGGGCUCAACUUUAGCAGAGCUGAAACCAAAGUGGCUCGUGCAAUCUCCCUCGGCACCGGCGACAGCACACCGAUGUCGAACGUGUGCAUUAAGAGAAAUGAAGAAUCAGGAUGCACGGCCCACGGGCCAGAAAGAGCAGCGAUCAUUUUGCCCUCUGGAUCUCGUAUCCGGCACAUUCGACGACGUCCUCCGAGCCACCGAGUUCGUCAAAGGGUGCAGCGACCGAACACGGCUGGCUCACAUCUUAUACCGCAAUCCCACGCUUCAGAAACUGCUUUCUCAUCAGAAGGCCUACCACAAAGUUGGCCUACAUGGACCUCCUGCACAGUCCCAGGAGACGUCCCUUGAUAUGACACUUCGAGACUGCACAAUGUAUAUCAAGAUCCCUUCGGACGAGGAACAUCCCGUUGAAAUUCGCCUCGGAGAUCUUGACCUUAAAUCUGCUGCUGGCGGUAAAGCCGAGUACUGGCGAGACAUCGAGAUUCAACUGAUCGAAGGAGGCUGGUAUGAUGGGCUCAACAGCAACCAGGGAAUCAGUGAAUGCGCCCUGCACCACUCGUCCGCUGUUCAGCAUCCGGUAGCCUGA